AUGAGAGGACGGGGCUUCUGGAAACUAAAUACAGUGUACCUCAUUCCUAAAGGAUGAAGAAUAUAUAAAGAAAAUAAUAUAUAGAUUUAGCCACAGCUAAAAGCGAAGCUCCCAUUGAUAUUUUUAUAACUUAAUCAAACAAUAAUUUUGUAUUCCACAAAUCAGGUAACUUAAGGGCACAUUCAUGUGACUUUUGGGGGAAAAGCUAAGUGAUUUUGGAGUGAAACAAAUCUUGUAUCGAGUUGAUAUAGCUCUAUAUGUACACCCAAAAAAUAGUCUUCGGUCACAUUUAAGAGCAGUAAUGGCUCUUGAUCACAGUAGAUAAGGCGUGGAAAACAAAGUCUUGGAAAACAAAUCAGACCGAGUUUUUUCGUUCGACAAGUUUACAAAUUCUUGCCAAUAAAUCUGGGUGCGUGCAAACCCAUCUUUUAUUAUUUUUUAUAGACCAUAUCUGAGGAGAAAGAGUACUAUGAGGCGCUGUUUUUAUCAUACUGACCUCGUACAAAAUACAGUUUUUCACAAACUUUCAAGACAAAUUUCAUUCAUUCAAUAUUCAGGACCAUCGAAGCACGCUUGGACUUUUAAUUAGCGAAACCGUUCAAAACAUUUCCAAAAUCACCUAUACGGCCAUCCGGUUCUAACUUUUGACAAGCGCCAAAUUUGCGAAGAAAUUUUAAAAGAAUUACUCUUCAACGUGACAAAGAAUUUAUUGAGUCUAUUUUUUAUUAAUGGUUUUAUAACGAUGUGUAAUCUUAAAAAGCGUUUGAGACGCUUGGCAUUUUGAGUACUCCUGAAAGCGAUGUUUAUGAACGGCUGAAAACAAACGGCAAAGCGAUGAAAAUCACACUUUUGAGACUACCAACAAUCAAUAAAGAAAUAUCAUUCGGUAGAACAUUUACAGAGACAACAAUUUUCAUUCACGAAAACAAAUGAGUAUUUAAGUGUCUCUAAGAAUCCUCAAGUCUUUACUAGUAAGCUUAAAGAUUAAGUUUAUGCAGAAACCCAUCAUGUUUUAAGCCGCCGGUUUCCCGGUGUUUGCUGUUUUCAAAGAUGACUCACGACAAGAAAAUCGCUCAAAGCUUUCUUUCUACAGCCAAAAUUAUAAGUAAAUAUUCUUCGGAAAGUUUUUUCUUUCUAUUUACGGUGAAUUAAUUAAUAUCGACUAAAGGCUUUUUAAGAUCGGUGUCUCAGUCAAAUCUUAAUACAAACGUGCAUAAACUAGCUUCAUAAACUGCGCCGCUGGACUUCAUGAAAUUAUAUUUAAAUACAAUAAUUACUUAAGCUUACCAUAUUUUGAGAUGCAGCUCCUGAAAGCUAUCAAGUAGGUCAAGGAUCGCUUGACACUUUAUAAUUCUCGUACACAUCCAGCAAGGUGAAAAAUAAAAACGAUGCCAUCCGAAAUCGGAUUAUCGGCUUUGACAAGCGACGCACUUCUCAACCAAAAACCCAAUAAACAAACCAGCCAUGAAUAAGAGAACAGUCUUGAUAGCAGCUGUAUUUCAUUUUGUACAUUCAGUGGAAAAAGACAGUUAAAAACAUCACAAGUUGACUCAAAACUCUGUCAGCUUCAGCGGUCAAAGUAAACAACUUUCAAGAUGCUGCAUAAAUUUUACGCAUGAACUCACCUGUCAAAUUUUAACCAAUCGGAGCAUAAAAAUUGGACGUGGAGCGUGACCAACACGUAACCAUGGUAAGAAAAGGUCUUCCCCGCCUGUCUUUUAAAAAAAACUGGCUGAAUUUUUGCGUCUGAGGUCAGUUUGAAAUCAAAAUCGUAAUAGUGCGGUGCGAUACUGACAUAAACACAACAUAUUUGAUAUGAAUUUAAAAAAAAGUAAACGUGAACCUGCGAUCAUUUGAAAACGAGUAAAUCUUCAGCGGAUAACUUCAAAAAAUACUCGACCUCAAUGGGUCGACACCUGAGCCCGCGAUACGGCCAGGUGAUACUGGUCAGCGGAUACCCUGUUUUGACAGCUGUCAAUUGAUGACAACAUUGAUGUGCAAUCAGCUUUCUCCUGGGCUCCCAGAGUAGCUAGAAAGUGUGAGAGUAAACAUUGGUAUGCCUGUGGUGCGGACGGACGGUCGGUCGGUCGGUCGGUCGGUCGGUCACGUGAUUAACAAAUUUUCUGGGAUGGGUAGAUUUAUUUACCCAUGGUGCUCCGCAGGCGCGCUUCGCGCGCGGAGCUCCGCUACAAUCCAUUAUAACUCAAACUAAAGAUGAAUAUGCACUGGAUAAUACUGUCACUCCAAACUUACUGUGGGAAAUGAUAAAAAUGAAAAUUAGAGAGACAUCAAUUGAGUUUGGCAGAAUAAAUAAGAGAAAAAUGGUUCAAAAACAAGAUGAUAAAGAAAAAACAAUGAAAAUCCUAGAGGAACAGACCGCCAACAUUGAUGCCACUGACUGCCAAAAUAUAUGGUCAGAGUUAGAAAAGAAAAGACGGGAACUUGAAACCAUAAUCGAAUACCAGACAAAAGGGGCUAUUUAA